UGCCUUGGCGGCGAUACCCCGAACCCUAAGUACGUUGAGGUUUUCAUUUCCAGUUCGUCCGUCGAGUUGAGCAGAUCGUUGUGAGGAGUUUAGGUCGUGGCCAAGUUUGGAGUCAUUUUUUAUAUUCUCUGUCUCUGGGUGAUAUACCGGGUCGUUUUUUUGUGUCCAUUAUAAGUUAUCCAUUGUUGCCCGAAUCGUUUGCCGGUGUUUGCAAUUAGUAGCAUCGCGUUGGUGAAUCAAAGUUGUGAUUUUUUAUUCGUAACGAUAAGUCGAUCGCUUCAAAUAUCCCAGAAAACCGGAUUAUUUAGUGAGUUUUGAAAGCUACCAUAAAAUCGAGCUGAAACGUGUGGUUUUGGGUGAAAGCUGAUAACGAUUUUUGGCAGUGUUAAUUAAGCCAGCUUCAGAAGAUAUCCUUAAUUUGGUGGAAAAAAGUGAUACCCUUUAAGGCUGCAGUUAAACCGAGAGUUGCCAAGAAAAAGUCUGAAAUACUGUUCAAGCGAUAAAGAAACGAAAUCAUUUGCGUGAACAACAAAGCAGGCAAGUGAAACGUAGUAGGCAAGAGAAGUAAGUAGAAAAUAAGCCAAGUGAUCGACAUCAAUUUCAUCCGAGCAGGCCGGAUCAUCGGGAGUGCGUUUGAUUGCUGUGAACGAGUACAUUUGGCCCAUCCAAAAGAGAUUCACCGAAGCAGGCACUGAACAGCAAAAAAAAACAGAAACACACUAACAACAGGGAAAAGAAGAUCAGUUCAGAUAUCCGUUGGAGCUUCCCAUAUAAAAUUAUCGAGGGGAACGACGAUCGGCAGAUUCCCCGACAGCGAAGGAACAAAAAUAUUGCAAAGAAGAGAAUAGAAACCGAUCUUUGGAAUUUCUGGAGCAGCCCAGCAGCAGCAGCACAGAAGAAGCAAGAAAAAACGGAAGCAGUGCAGUUGGAACAGUGCACUCUGAAUCAUUAGUGGUAAAAACGGCACAAGCAUGAAUGGCUCAGGCUACGAAAUUCACAGUAAUGGAGAUAUCCUGUCGCAGAAUCAGCAGAAAGGUUGGUGGACCAUAGGUCUCAUCAAUGGCCAGUACAAGUACAUGACAGCUGAAACUUUCGGUUACAAACUGAACGCCAACGGAGCGAGCCUCAAGAAGAAGCAGCUGUGGACUCUGGAACCAUCCAACACCGGAGAAAGUAUCAUCUAUCUGAAGUCACAUCUGAACCGUUACCUGUCGGUUGAUUCCUUCGGCAAUGUGCUGUGCGAGUCGGAGGAACGUGACGCGGGCAGUCGGUUCCAGAUCAGCAUCGCCGACGACAACUCGGGCCGAUGGGCGCUGAAGAACGAACAGCGCGGCUACUUCCUCGGGGGCACACCGGAGAAACUUACGUGCACUGCCAAAGCCCCUGGCAAGACGGAAUUUUGGAGCGUCCAUUUGGCCGCCAGACCACAGGUGAAUCUACGCUCGGUUGGCCGCAAACGGUUUGCUCAUUUGUCGGAAUCGCAAGACGAGAUCCACGUGGAUGCCAACAUUCCGUGGGGCGAAGAUACGCUUUUUACUCUGGAGUUCCGCGCCGAUGAAGAUGGCCGAUACGCACUGCACACAUGCAACAACAAGUACCUCAACUCAACCGGCAAGCUGGAAACCAAAUGCACCGACGAUUGUCUGUUCAGUGCCGAGUAUCACAGCGGACAUCUGGCGCUGCGUGAUCGUCACGGCCUGUACUUGUCGCCGAUCGGUUCCAAGGCGGUGCUGAAGUCCCGUUCGCAAACCGUCACCCGAGAUGAGCUGUUCUCGCUGGAAGAUUCGCUUCCACAGGCCUCGUUCAUCGCUGCGCUCAACAACAAGUACGUUUCCGUCAAGCAGGGCGUCGACGUGACCGCCAACCAGGACGAGAUCGGGGACAACGAGACCUUCCAGCUCGAGUACGACUGGUCGGCCCAUCGUUGGGCCCUGCGCACCACCCAGGACCGAUACUGGUGUCUCUCGGUGGGCGGUGGAAUUCAGGCUACCGGAAAUCGUCGCUCAGCCGAUGCUUUGUUCGAGCUGGUUUGGCACGGCGAUGGUUCGGUUUCGUUCCGCGCCAACAACGGCAAGCUGCUGGCAACCAAGCGCUCGGGUCAUCUGUUUGCCACAUCGGAUGCCUUCGAGGAAACCACCAAGUUCUUCUUCUAUCUGAUCAAUCGUCCAAUUCUGGUGCUAAAGUGUGAGCAGGGCUUUGUGGGCUAUCGUGCCCCGGGAAGCAACAAGCUGGAAUGCAACAAGGCCACGUACGAAACCAUUCUUGUUGAACGGGCUCAGAAGGGUGAGGUCUACUUCAAAGGACAAAAUGGUAAAUACUGGAGAGUUGAUGGAGAAGGAAUUGCCGCCGACUCGGACACGCCCGUCGAUGGUUUCUACAUUGAGUUGCGGGAACCGACUCGUAUCUGCCUACGUUCCAACGAUGGCCGAUAUCUGGGUGCCACCAAGAAUGGAACCUUCAAGCUGGUUGACACCGAUUUCGAUUCUGCCACCCAGUGGGAGUACUAAGCUGCUAGAUAGCCUCUUGGCACUGUUCUCAUUAGUCUCUUUAACCCAUUAGUAGUAUCUCAUUGCGGUUCGGGUACUCUCAUAAACUCGCACUCGAAAAUUUUAGCAUGUUAGGUUAUACACAUUACAGGUCCCUCCACAAGCACAUUCACACCACAUGUUGCUGCUUAAUUCAUGGAACUAGUAGAGAAAAAUUACCCACACAGUAAUCAAUACGAGCUAAAACACAUCAGCACACACACAAACAAGUGAAUACAACGCAAUCAAUCUCUCUUCUUCUAAAACAUUAACAAUUAAUGUUCCAAAUUUUAUUUGUAAAUUUACUUUUCUUGUCUUUCUCGUAAAUAAUGUUAGUAGGAAUCAAGCGUUUUACAUGAGAAGCCAACUUAUCUCAACGAUAGGAACGUUUGAAACAAUGUUUAAUUUAUUUUGGAAUACACGUUUUCAAAACAAAAAAAAACUAAUCCUUAAUCUGAUGCAUGCGCAUAUUUAUUGCAAUAAUCAUCGAGAACGCUAAAUUAGCUGUAGUCCUUAGUAUUCAAUAAAGAGCUAAAAUAAUUCAUGCUGAAGCUGGCAGUUGUUAGCAACUAAAAUCAUUUCAAUGCAACAGCGAUUGUCUUACAGCCGUAUUGGAUGUUUCGCUGCGUGUAUUAUCCAUGUCCCACGCGUAACCUCAACACUGGUUCAACGAGAGCGAAAUUUUGAGCACGUCCAACGGUUUACCAAAAAUAAAACCUUAUCGAGAAUCGAAACUUAUUUGACUUAAUUUUUUCAAAGCGCCAAGCAAUCGCCAAAUUGUGAUCAUGAUAGGAACCGCUUGGUGAAACAGGUAUUCCACGCAGUACUUAACGCAGUCACCCAAACCAACAGCACGAAUUCAUUCAUUCAACCUUCGAGAUGGAACUGAUCAACAAGACAACUGAUAACUGCCAAAGUCACUCUGAUACUGCGAAACAAGUCACUUUGAAAAAUAUAAAAUCGAAUCCUUAGUUUGCAUGGAAACGUCAUAAAAUAUAUACAAUCUAUUAAAAACAACAAAACAUCAAAGAUUAUGACCAUUUCAUCCUUUGUAAAGUAUUUAACCCUAGGUUUUAUGUUAGAUCAACCCCUGCGUUUACCCGCAAGCACCAGAACAGAUGGAAAGAUUCAUGUAAAGUAUUUAUUUAUAUACAAAAAAAACUAUAUUAACAAUUUUCAUUAUCGUUCACAAAUUGUUUAACGAAAAAACGAAAAAAAUAAAACAAGCAAACAAACCUGCGUUUGUCAAAUGUUAGUCUUUGUACGUUCGCUGGAUGCUGCACUGUGUUAGGGAAGAAACACAAACAAACUCUGACGAUCGAUUGAGAAUGAGAUUAAAAAAAAAACGAAUCAUUCGCGAAAUCUUUUAUGCGUAAAAAUAACCAAACCUUACAUCAUAUUUUUAUGACGAAUUUACGGCGGGAAAACCCAUUAUAUACAUUAUCGGAAAUAUAUUAUGCAGACCGUAUGAGUGUAUUCAAGAAGAAUUGGAAACAUGAACAAUAUCAAAUAAAAUCUAAAA